AUGUUACCAAUACUAAUCUUGUCUUUAUUCACUUUAUCUGUUAAAAGUAAUCAGAUAUAUCCAGCCACAGACUAAUUAAUAAUAUAAUUAGAAAAUGAUGGAUGGAUCGAUUGUGAAAAUAAAAAUACUAUUAAAGCUACAACUUGCUCAGGAGAUGAUAUAGAAUGGCUUGAAUGUUAUUUAAUACCAGAAAAUGGGUUGUGUUCUAAAUAGAAUAUUGAAAUUAAUACAGGUGAAACAGUAAAUUUUUUGUUCACUUUCUAUUAACCAACAUUUAAUACAUAUGAUAUAGAUAUCAAUAACAACAAAAAUACUGGAAUAUUAUAAAUUUAUAAUGAUUUAGGUCGAGCAGCAAUUCAAUUAUAAUCAUCAAAUUUUUCUAUUAAAAUAAAUUAAAAAGGAGCCUAUUUUACAGGUUUAAUUAUAAGUAAAGAAUGCAAUCCGAAUUGUAAAUUAUGUGAUAAAGGAUUUUGCAUCUAAUGUAAUGAUAAACAUUAUCUAUACAAUUAUAUAUGUUUAUCAGAUAAUUGUGAUUUAAGUUUAAUUAAUUAAAAUUUCAUAACAUCAACUACAGGUGCAAUAGAGAAUGGAUAAUAUGUAGUUACACUUAAAUAUAAUUUUAAUCUAGCUAAUUGUUUAAUACCAAAGAUUUAUUUUACAAAAGGUAUAAAAGAUUCUUCAAUCUAAAUGAUUUUAGAUAGAAAUUAAAUAUAAUACACAUUAACUUCAUAAAUUCCUGACUCAUUAAAAAUAUAUUUACCUUUAAAUUAAGUUUAAACUAAUUGUGAAUCAAUAACAACUACAUCUGCUUAUGUUUAUUAAUGUUAUCUUGGAGUUGCCUUAACUAAUUCUAAAAUUACAUAAUUUAUGGCAAUUCUUAUUGGAUAAAUCUCUGUUGAGAGAGCUACUCAAAGUGUUUCUUAAUAUACUUAAGCUCUUUCAAUUCCAGAUAAUUCAGAUGUUCAAGUUGGACCUGUUUUUGUUGUUAGUGAAACAGUUUCAUAAAAUCUUAAUGCUAAUUAAAAUAAAUUAACCGUUGUUUAAACUAUCUCAGAUCCAGAAUUAUCUAAUUUUUAAAUUAAUUAUAAGGAAGCAUAUGUAAUUUAAAAUUCAGAAUCCUACAAUUUAACAUUAGAUUAUUUCAUAUAAAAAGGAGUUGCUACUACUUUUGGAUUUAUUUGGAAAACUGGAUUGUUUGAUCCAUAUUCAGAAUUUUAGUUUAUUAUUAAUUCUGAAGCAAAACCAGCUAUGAAUUAAACUAGAAGAAGAUAACUUGAGGCUCAAUUUAAAAGAGAAUAAUUAUCUGUUAUUUAUUAAGUUAAAGAUGAAAAAAUCUUCAACAUUAAUUAAAAAUCAAAUACCAAUGAUAAUGAUGAAAUUAGUGAUGAAAUUGUAUUUACAAUAGCAAUAUCUGGUAUUUUAGUAGUUUCUGGUUUAAUAGUUCUUCUCAGUAGAUUUAUUAAAAAAAAACCUGAAAUAGAACAAACAAUUGAAUGAUUUAAAUAUUGCUAUAAUCAAAAUUUAUCUUAGAUAUUCCAAUAAAUAAUAUUGUAUUCAAUCAUCCCGAUUAAUAAUUAUAUAUUAUUCUAAUAUUUUAAAAGAAAUAUAAUUAUUCAUCUCAAACUCUAUUUAAUGUUUAAAAGAUGUAAAUUAAUUAAUAAAACUUUUCAAAAAAUGAUUAUUUUAUUAUUGAAUUGG